ACUGAUUCAACUGAAACUCCUCCGCCCUGAAUACAUCGCUCAGUGAACACUCGUCGUUUGUUUCAGGCAUAUGGCCGUCGGGAGUCGUUUUAUAUUUACCACCGAGGUUCCCAAUACUUUGUAAAAAUUCCGCCGAAAAAGAAAAGACGGUUUACCCCAAAUUCUGGGAAUUUCUCUCGUGUGGCUGUGAACUAUCAGAACAACCUAGGAGCGUCUGUCUACCGUGAGCAGUUUGACUUCAACGCUGAGCCUCCUUGGGAUCCUAGCUGAUAACAAGAGGGGUCCGUUUUCUGACCUGACUCUUGGAUAUCGCUAGGACCCAGGAGCUGCGAGGGGCUCUGCUAAAUAGGUGACCUGCUUUAUGCCUGUGUUGUCUUGAGCUUUUGGAUGAGGAUGAAGGGGAUGCUGGAUGAAUUGCACUAUUCUGUCGAGGUGCUGGACGGAGACACGGCUCUCCGAGAUGUGAUUGACAGACAUAUCUGUGACCAAACCCUUGCUCAGAAGAAUGCUUUUUUUGUGGCUGAUCUGGGGGCCAUCAUUUGGCAGCAAAUCCGAUGGAAAACUCAUAUGGACCAUAUUCGACCCUUUUACGUGGUGAAGUGUAACGGCAGUCCGGUAGUCAUCGAGAUUCUGGCUGCGCUGGGAACUGGCUUUGUUUGCUCCAGCAAGCAUGAGCUGGAGUUGGUGAAGAGCUUUGGUGUCCCGUCUCAGGACGUCAUCCUGGGUGGAAUGUGUAAGCAGCUCUCUCACAUCAAAUAUGCUGUCAAACAUGGCAUUCAGCUCCUGGUGUGCGACAGCGAGACUGAGUUGCGGAAGAUCGCCCGCUCUUACCCCAAAGCAAAGCUGCUGCUGCAGGUGUCCACGGGAGGCUGCUGUGAGCGAGAGGAGACUGCCAUGCCGUUUGGCUGCACGCUUAAGGACUGCAGGCACCUGCUGGAGUGUGCAAAGGAGCUCAGCCUGCAUGUGGCUGGAGUCAAGUUUCACAUCCCGAGCUGCUGUGCUGAGCCCCAGGCCUUCACUCGCGCUGUGUCAGACGCACGCUGUGUGUUUGAUAUGGGGGAGGAGCUUGGCUUCGUCAUGAAUGUUCUGGAUAUUGGAGGAGGCUUUGAUGGAACAGAGGCGCAGUUAGAAAAGGUGAACAGGGCAUUGAAACCCAUGCUGGAUGUGUACUUUCCUCCAUCGACGGGCGUCUCAGUUAUCGCAGAACCUGGGGUGUAUUACGUCUCUUCUGCUUUCUCACUGGCUGUGAACAUCAUCUCAAAGAAAAUGGCGGCUAGGGAUGCCAAUCAGCACCCACACGACAUUCUGUCUGGAAAUGAUGAGCCGGAGUUUCUGUAUUAUAUGAAUGAUGGUGUAUUUGGCUCAUUUGCAAAUAAACUGCUGGAAGAACCUGUUCCUGCUCCAUCUCUACACAAGGAGAAAUCCUCGGAUGAGCCACUUUUCUCCAGCAGUCUGUGGGGGCCCUCUAGUGACGGCUUGGAUCAGGUGGUAGAGUCCUGCCUGCUCCCGGAGCUCAACGUGGGGGAAUGGCUGGUGUUCAGCCACGCAGGAGCAAACAGCCUUGGAGUGAUGGGUGCUCACACAGAUGAACACAAACCGCCCGUUCACUAUGUCAUCUCUGCAGGAGACUGGUACGAGAUUCAGAAUUGUGGCAUCACUCUGGACACCACCAUGAAGAAUUUCUCUCUGGUCCAGCAACCCAACCUGACAGAAACCUCCAUUUCCACUCCAGCUUAGCACAAGGCUGUCCUGGGGCUUCAACAGCCUCUGUGGUGAAACUAAAGAAAGUCUUGCAGAAUCUUCUGGCUCUUUCGUGCUCGGCUGGGACCACGCAAAGUGGAAGGGCGGUUUUGAGUCAGCGUUACUGGAUCAAAAACAAACUCAUUUACUGUCAUAAAUAAGUUAUAACACAAAACAGGUAACUUAAAUAAGACGGGAUCUGUGUCUUUGGGGGAAGUCAUUUAUUGCUGUUUACAAACCUGCUAGAGUCUAUUUAAUUCAGUUUUACAAACACAGUAUAUACAUACUUGCAUAUAUGUGAUAUUUCAUGUCGUUAAUUGCAAGUCAGGUUUGUAUCCGACUUGAUAGUUAUUUAUUGAAUAUGAAGCCUAAUGACGGUAUCAGUUGUCAUGCCUUUUAAGACCCAUGUAUUUGUGGUAUUAUUGUUAUGAACAUCGAAGCUACUAGGUGGCUGUUGUGUGUCUAACCAUUAAGUCAAACGUUGUUUUCUUUGUGUCCAGCAGAUGGUGCUGCAGCUUUGAGAAUAGCCUCUGUGGCUCUCAAUAAAUGGUGUUCAGACUAAUUGAACACAGAUCGUAUUAGUAAACUGCAGUACUGGAAUUGCUUUGGCAUGAAGUCAUAGCACAUUGUUUCCUCAGAUUUGUCCUGCUCUUCUGAUGGGUUGUAGAUGGAUGCAGUUUGAAAUAUGGUGAAGAAAGUGACGAAGAUGUUUUGGGGAAAGUGUUGUUGGUUUGAGGCUGCUCUGUUAAAUGAGGUGUCGUUUGAAACCCCUGUAAAAGAAGGAUCUGUGACGUGACCUGUUUGACCCAAACUGUACUGCCUAAAGAAAAAUGUCAUUUUUAAAGAUCCGUUGUGCAGAAAGAAGCAGGCCGAAUAUGUAAAACGUUGGCCAGUGGCCUGUUUGGCAAUACGCUGUCAGUAAACGAGUGUGCUCAUGAA